AUGCCAGUUCGACGGGGACACGUUGCGCCUCAGAAUACUUUUCUGGACACUAUCAUACGAAAAUUUGAGGGACAAAACCGUAAAUUCAUCAUUGCCAAUGCUCGGGUGGAGAACUGUGCUAUCAUCUUCUGCAAUGAUGGCUUCUGUGGCAUGUGUGGCUACACAAGGGCAGAGGUUAUGCAGAAGCCAUGCACCUGUAGCUUCCUGUAUGGGCCGCACACCGGGCGACCGGCUGUGGCCCAAAUGGCCAAAGCUCUGCUGGGCUCUGAGGAGAGGAAAGUGGAGAUCUCUCUUUACAGAAAAGAUGGAGUGUGUUUCCCCUGCUUUGUGGAUGUGGUUCCAGUGAAAAAUGAAGAUGGAUUAGUCAUCAUGUUCAUCCUAAACUUUGAGUUGGCAGAUCAGCAGGACAGACCAGUGCAGAGCUCACCAAGCAGAGAGCUCAACCACAAACUCUCCAUCCCUUGGCUCUCAAUAGCUCGUCGGCGGAGGUUUAAACUGCCACUGCCCCUGCUGCGGUCUCUGAGUGGCAGUAAACAGUCUAUACAGGAGGAUUCGGAGAUGGGGUACAUGCCCCCUAUGGGUCAUGAGUCAGUGGCCCUGGACAAGCUUCUGUCCCUGCCAGAGCGCUCAGCGCUGGGGUCUCCCCACAUGCUCCUCUGGGAUGAACCUGAACCUGAGCAAGAGCCCCAGCCGUCCCCGCCCGCUUCCCUGCCACCCCUGCCCCUGCCCCAACCUCUCUCUCAGGGCUUCUCUCAGUCCUCGCCCAGGCUGGACUGCCUCAGGCUGGACGCCUCGCCCUCCAGCUGCAGCCUGAGCCACAGCCGUUCAUGUGAGAGUCUGUGCAGCCUGAGGCGCUCGCCGUCCACCAGCAACUUUACCUGGAAGCUCCCUGUCAGGCCCAGCAGCACAGGUGCUAUGAUGAAUAAAGCAAGCAUGCCGAACUCCACCUCGGAUUCUGACCUCAUCCGUUUCCGCUCGUUCAGUCGCAUCCCCCAGAUUACGUCCAGCUUUACCGACGUGAAACCAGACCCCCUCAUCGCUGUGCCACCUAGUGAGAUUGACAUCAUUGCACCUUGUAAACUCAUAGACCGUACCCACAACGUGACUGAGAAAGUCACACAGGUCCUCUCUCUGGGGGCAGACGUUCUUCCUGAGUAUAAGCUACAGGCUCCCCGCAUCCACAAGUGGACCAUCCUGCACUAUAGCCCCUUUAAGGCAGUCUGGGACUGGGUUAUCUUGCUGCUGGUCAUCUACACAGCGAUCUUCACACCAUACUCAGCUGCAUUUUUGCUGAGUGACGAGGAUGAAGCCACCAUGCAGCAGUGUGGCUACACUUGUAGUCCACUUACUGUGGUCGAUCUCAUCGUAGACAUUAUGUUCAUCAUAGACAUCAUCAUAAACUUCCGUACCACUUAUGUCAACAGCAAUGACGAGGUGGUUAGUCACCCCAUCCGUAUCGCUGUGCACUACUUCAAAGGCUGGUUCCUGAUUGACAUGGUUGCUGCCAUUCCUUUUGACCUACUCAUCUACCGCUCUGGUGAAGAGACAACGACUCUGAUUGGCCUGCUGAAGACUGCACGACUUCUGCGAUUGGUCCGUGUUGCUCGUAAACUGGAUCGUUACUCAGAGUAUGGUGCUGCUGUGCUCUUUCUACUCAUGUGUACUUUUGCACUGAUUGCUCAUUGGCUGGCCUGCAUAUGGUAUGCCAUAGGGAAUGUGGAGCGGAACGGCGAUUCCAAGAUCGGCUGGCUAGACUCUUUAGGAGAACAACUUGGGAAGCCCUACAAUGGGUCAGACUCAGGACCCUCCAUAAAGGACAAAUAUGUCACUGCCCUCUACUUCACUUUCAGCAGCCUGACUAGUGUGGGCUUUGGAAACGUGUCUCCCAACACCAACUCUGAGAAGAUCUUCUCUAUCUGUGUUAUGCUUAUUGGCUCACUGAUGUAUGCCAGCAUCUUUGGAAAUGUGUCUGCCAUCAUUCAGAGGCUGUACUCUGGCACCGCCCGCUACCAUGCUCAGAUGCUACGUGUGCGAGAGUUUAUCCGCUUCCAUCAGAUCCCCAACCCUCUACGUCAAAGACUGGAGGAGUACUUUCAACAUGCUUGGUCCUACACCAAUGGCAUUGACAUGAAUGCUGUGCUGAAGGGUUUCCCAGAAUGCCUGCAGGCAGAUAUCUGCCUGCACCUGAACCGCACUCUGCUCCAGAACUGCAAGGCCUUCAAGGGCUCUACUAAAGGUUGCCUGCGCGCCCUGGCCAUGAAGUUUAAAACUACCCAUGCACCACCUGGGGACACACUGGUGCAUGCAGGGGAUGUCAUCUCUGCCCUGUACUUCAUCUCCCGUGGAUCUAUUGAGAUCCUGCGUGGAGAUGUGGUGUUAGCCAUCUUAGGGAAAAAUGACAUCUUUGGGGAGCCCAUUAAUUUGUAUGCUCGUCCUGGGAAGUCCAGUGCUGAUGUCAGAGCACUAACCUACUGCGACCUGCACAAGAUUCACAGAGAAGAUGUUCUUGAGGUGUUGGACAUGUAUCCGGAAUUUUCUGACCAUUUCUGGAGCAACCUGGAGAUUACAUUCAACCUGCGUGAUAUAAAUAUGAUCCCAAGAUCAAUGAGUAAUGAAGAACCUGACAGUCUUUGCCUCAACCGUCGACUACGCAGAAGCAAUCUGUCCCUCCAUCACAGAGAUGAAAAAGAUCACAUGGAUAAUGAGGAGGCCAAACAGAAGAUAACAACUCCCUGGCAACAGGAUCAGAACAACAAAUACCACGGAGACAGAAGGAAUUCAGGGCAGCCACCUUCUCAAUCAAGCAGUGAUGAGGAGAGGGAUGCUUUUCUACCAAGGCCUGGCCAGUCCACGUCUCAUUUCAGUGCAAGUAAUGAUACAAAUGGAGAGACUAGCACAUCUUGCAACGCACUCUCAGGAGCUUUUUCAGGAGUAUCCAACAUUUUUGGUUUCUGGGAUGAGAGCAGUGGGCAUCAACACCAAGAAGUGCCCAGUCACUCUAUGAGCUCUUCAUCACUCCCACCUCCUCCACCCAGCGCACCCCUUCACACUAUCUCACAGGGCCAGUGUGCAGAGGUGGAGAACCGACUGGACAUGUUGCAAAAACAGCUUCACAGACUUGAGUCUCGCAUGUCCAUGGAUAUCGGGGCUGUUAUGCAGUUGCUUCAGAGGCAGAUGGCCCUGGUGCCCCCCGCCUACAGCUCUGUUACCUCUCCCAAAGACACGUCUCCAAACUCACUGAGAGCUGAGGAGAGACUAAUUCCACCUGUUAACCCUCUGGACACACAGACACUGACCGUACUGUCAGAGAUCCUCAAUCCACAGGACUUAUGCCCAAAAAAGUCUAGUAAAUCCUUCCAGGAUGCCCUGGAGCUACAGCUCUUGGAUUCUCCCUUAGGUAGCCUAGCUGAAGGCCAAUCCCAGGAUCAGACUGGAUCUGGACACCUGAGUACAAGCUUUACACUUGGGAGUCUCUCUCCUGUCUUCAGUGUGUAUCCAGAGAGACACCUGGUAGACAUUACUGGACAUCCAGAGACUUCCAUAGUCCAGGGUGCAGGCCAGGAUGGACUGUCCCUGGACCCACUAAGUCAUCCACAGGCUGCAGCAAGCUCAUUGCCUGAAAGACACCCAACUGAGGAGGACUCCUUGACACCAGAGGGACACAGCUGCAAUUCUGGGUGUUAG